AAAACCGGUUUUCGAGUGCUCUGGCGAGCCCCGAUGGCAGAGCGCAAUGGUGUCUGAGCGGAUGCAGUCGUGGCCUCAUGCGGCAUGGAAGAGUCCCGGCGCGCCACGCGCCGGCUGCGGCACGGCUCGGAUCUUCGGAAGUCCUGGCGCCUCUUGCAGGACCUCGGAUCUCACGACCUGCGUCUCAACGCCUUCCACUUCGGGGCCUUCUGCGGGGCGGCGCAGCGGAAGGCGGCCUGGCGCGGCGCUUCGGCGGCGCUGGACUUGUUGGGAUCCAGGGCCCUCCUCGCGGAUCUCAUCACCGGCAACGCGGCCCUCGCCUGCUUGGAGCGAGCGCGGCUCUGGCGCAAGGCGCUGCAGGCGCUGAGAAUGGCCCAGGAGCUGGACUCGAUCAGCUGUAACAGCAGCAUUAGCGCCUGCGCCCGAGGUGACGCUUGGCCUCAGUGCUUGGUGCUGCUACUGGCGAUGCCGACUUUAAGGUUUGCUGCCGAUGUCUUCAGCUACAGCCCGGCUCUGGCAUGCUGCAAGUGGCAGAUGUCUGGGAACUUCUUGGAGGAGCUGCACCUCGGCCGCGCGGCCCUGGACCCGCACUCCGCCACCAGCGCCCUGAGCGCCGCCGGAGCGCCGCCGGAUGCGUCGGCGGAUUCGUGGCGGUGGGCGCUGCAGCUCUUGGAGCGGAUGGCGGAGCACGGGCUGCAGCAAAACGAGGUGAGUUGCGGCGCGGCGGUGGGCGCCUGUCGAUGGACCUCGGAAGCCUGGGCCAGCGCCCUGCGCCUGAGCAGUGCCGUGCCUUCGCUGGUGGCAACCAGCAGCGUGAUCACCGCCGGCGAGCGCGUGGGCCUUUGGCCGCUCUCGCUGCAUUUGGCCUGCGCCGCGGGCUCCCGGCGCCUCGCCUUGGACGGCGCGAUGCGCACCGCGGCACUCAGCGGCUGCGCCAGGACGGGGCGCUGGCAGCGCAGCCUGCUGCUGGCCGCGCAAGAUUCGCCAGACUCCGAUGCCGGCAUCGUCAUGUGGAACGCAGCGCUGGGCGCCUGCGAGGUGCGGCACCGCUGGCGGCAGGGCCUGGCACUGCUGGAGGCCCUGGGUGCCAAGUCUCUGCAGACAGACGACGUGACCUUAGGCACGACGGCCGGCGCCUGCAGCAAGCGAGGACAGUGGCGGGAGGCUCUGCUCCUUUCAGCGCGGAUGGUCCGCCUGGACCUCCCAGCCUUCAAUGCGCUGCUCGCCGCUUUCUCCCGCGCCGCCGCCGCAAAGUCGGCGGCGGCCUUGGCGCAGCGCAUGGCGCCGCGCCUGGCGCCGGACGAGGCCUCCUUCGAGUCGCUGCUGUUGAGCUACGAAGCCUUGGGCCAGGCCAACAUGGCCAGAGCCACCGUGGCAAAGGUGCGACAGCUCUUGAUGCGCGAACUCUUCUUCUGAGCUGAGAGUCGAGCGGGGCUGGCAAAUGCAUGAGGGAACACACGUGUGGUUUCCUUGAUGGUCAUCCCAUGCACAGGACCUGUUCAUCAACCCCAUGUGGCGGAAGCCUCUUGAAAGGGUUCCACGCAAAAAAAGUCCGCUG